CUGCUCCAUGCAGGCCCGUGCUUUGCUGCUGCCCUGCCUGUCCCCUGCCCCCAGCCGGGCUCCUGCUGCAGCUCCCUUCUGGUUUUCAUUACCCUCCUCUGAGCUGAAGGCGAACAGCCUAAUUUGGAAUAACAGCCGAGUGAGUGCGAAGGGGAAAAAUCCUGCACUCUCUCUUUUCCUCAGCUAAUCCCCUGACAAAUUCUGCAGGGCCCUGGCUGAGGGCUUGUUCCAGAGAUGUCCCUGAUUGAAAUGGAAAUACUCCCCGCUCCUCUCCCUUAAAGGAGAAGCUUCCCUGUGUUUAUAAAGCCUUCCGGGGGUUUAUGAUUUUAUUUUCAUGGCCGGCCUUCCCCAGGAAUGUGGCAGCAGGCUCAAGGGCUGCAGGAAGCACUGCUGCCCAUAAACCCCUGCACUCAGUGCUCCCUGGCUGACAUUGUCAUGAAACAAAAAUAUUCCUGAUGCUUAUCAGAGCCCCACAUCAAAGGCGCUGGGGCCAUAAAUCUCCCUGGGACAGCUCUGUGCACUCCAAAUCAAAGCAGUUCUCCAGGCUGGCCUAGACAUGGGGGGGGGGGAUGGGUCCUGGGGCCCCCAGCAUUGGGUUUGCACCAACAGGGUGAGCAAACCAGCCUCAUUUUAUCCCCAGUCAGGGUUAAACCUACUUAAAAUCAGGUGUGUGUGUGUGCACGGAUGGAGAAAGUGCUGUGCAAAGUGCACGUUGGUGAUGGGUGACCCCGAUGUCCCCGGGCAGGCUGACAGCGCUGUGCAGCUCUCCCUGCUUUUGUUGCCAGCUGGAGCCAGGAGCACUCCUGCAGAUCAUUUCGAUUCGGGUAAAUCAGCGCUUUCCACUCCCCAAAGGAUAUUUCCCACCAGUUGGGCUGCGGGGUCACCUCCAGCAGAGAAGACCUUGAGUGAUGGAUGCUGUGUCUCGCAGCAAGGUGCUCAGAAAGAGCUUGGAAACAGCAUUGGGUCCCAUUGGAAGUGGGGUGAUGGUGUCUGCGCUGCAAAUGAGGACCAACUUGGUGGGGCAUCAACAUGGAUCACAAGGGAAAUGGCCAAAAUGGGUGAGAGGCAUUUCCUUCUUCCCCUCCCUGGAGGGUACACUUUGUGCUGUGCUGUGGGGUUGGUAUGGGGAUUGCCCUGCAAUGGAGCGGCCCAUGUCCCCAUCACCAUCCCAGCCCAGAGGUUCCAUGGGGUGGGCGCUUUCCUCCCUGCUGCUGUCAGGAUGUUUACAGAGCUCGGGAUCAGUCUGGAUCCUGGAGAUGUUCAGCUGUGGCAGCACCGUGCUGGUGGGGUCAAGAGGCCAUUGGUGUGUGUUGCACCCCCCACAGGCAGUGUGAGCUGUCAGAGCCAACACGGGCUCCCAAACCCACUGAAACCUCCCCAUACAUGGGAGUCACCUUCAGGGUGCCAUUUCCAAACCUGAGUGUAAUGUUCCUAAACCCAGGUUUAACCUUCCCAAACCCAUGGUAAUGUUCCCAAAACUGGGGAUAACAUUCCCAGAUUGGGGGAUAAUAUUCCCAAACCUGGGAAUAACAUUCCCAAAUGGGUGAUAGCCUUUUGCUGAGCCCGGCACCCCCAGCACUGCAGCGGCGUUCCCUGCCCGGCUCCCUUGCUGGCACGGAGGCAGAUCUGAGGAGCUGCAGGAAGUACAUUUGUUAUUGGGAACGCUUUGAUAUUUCACAUGUGAAAUGUCUGCAUGCUGGAGGAGUUCAGGCAUCUGGCAGGAAAUUACCAUGAAUCCUGUUUCUCCCCGCAGUCACACGCACGCACGCCGCUCUCCUUCCCUUUCCCUUCUUUCCUCGCCCCGUCUGUGUGCCUUCCCCUUUCCUCACCCAGACCCCAGGGAGCAUCCCCAACCCCACGCCCCAGGAGCACCUCUGACCCCGAUUCCCCUCCCCAGCCCCAACAAGAAGCAUAACAGGUUUUCAAGGAACACAGAAGGGCCUUUGGGGCAGCACACCGGGCUCUUUGUGCACCUCUCCCUCUGUUCCGUCUGCUUGGAGAGCCCUGCAAGUCCCGGGGUGGCUCUUCAUGUUGCUUCCUGCCCUCUGCACUAUCACUCCCAUCAGGCUGCUGUCAGGUGGCUCCGCUUCGUAUCACUCAGUGUGGCCCUUGCCAAAAAAAUUAUGACAGUAUUAAAUGGUUUUAUUACAGUAAACUGCAGAUUGCGCAGUGUAAACACAGGUGGUGCAACACAUCUCGCUUUCAAUUGCAUCCAUGCCAGCGGGAAGGGCAGGGUCUGGCCCCACGUGGGGUCUCCCCCUGUGUCGGGACCCCCUCAACCUCAGCCCCUCUGGACUGUGUUCUGGGGCAGGUUUGUGACCCAGUUUGGGAAUGGCCCUGGAAGCUGUGGGGUCAGAGCAGAGCGAGGAAUUCCUGCCCUCCCUAGAACCAGUGGGGCUGGAUUUUGCACAAGGUUUUCAGUUCUGUGGUGUUUGUUCCAGAGGGGGAGGAAAAUCCGAAGGGGAGUGAAUGCAGCCCCACACUGUGCCCUGCUUUGGGUCUGCCAUGGAGAACCCGGCACACCGUGGGGUACACUUCUCUGGAAUCAGGCAAACAGAGAAAAUCCCAUUGGAUGUUACCAAAAAGGAGCAGUGUGAGGGUGGUGGAAACCCCACAGCUGCGUCCAGGGACAGGAGAUGGUGGCAUGGGGUUGGUGGCAUGCAGCUCAACACACAGUGCUCAAUACAUGGAGCCCCUAGAGGGACAGGAGCAAUACCAGGGCUGGACGUGAACAGAGGCCCUUUGAGCACCAGCCCUGACUCAUGCAGAACUGCCUGCAGGAAGGACAGCCCCCGUCUGCCCUCUCCCUGCUUGGCCCAAAGUGCUCUGGAGCACGGGCUGUCUUUUUCCCCCUCUCCUUUUGCUUUUACAGGUUUCAUUUUGGCUUUGAUUCCAACAAGUUUACUGACAGAUUACUUCAUUUUAACUCUAUGGCUUUCCUGUCUUGUGGGAGGCAUAUUUCUAAGUAUCAUAUUUAUCAAAAGGACUGUGCAAAAACAAGGGCCAGAAUUACUCUUUUGAUGGUUCCCCCAAUAAGUACAAGGCAAUAAAUUUUUCGGGAAAGGAAACCUGAGUGGGGACCUUCAGAGCUGGGUCUGGGUGUGGGGCACGGGUACAGCUCCUCCCGCCCCGGGGGGACGCAUUUCCCCCCCUAUGACUUUAAAUCAGAGCAGCAUUUCCAUAAAUCACGCCGAACACUUAUUUAUUGGACAUAGUUUUGGGGCUCUUAAAGCACGGAAAAUAAAUUUAAUGGAGCGUUUGGAGCAUUUCUCCAAUCUUUUGAGGGAUUACUUGGGGAAUUUGUCAACGGAGCCAAGCACAGCAGCUUGAUCCAGAGAGAUGGGAAAGAAAUUAUGGGAGAUACUCUACAAAGGCCCAGGUGUACCCUAAAUCACAUCAAAAAAGAUUAAUGUCAAAGCAUUGCUUGCCAGCAGAGUUGAUUGGCAGUGCUGCAGUUUAUUUAAUAAACUAUCAUUUUAGCCAGAGGGUGACUUUAAUCUGAAUUACAUUUUCUUGUUUUGUCGUGCGCCACACCAAGCGAUUUAUUGGAGGCCGUUGCAUACCUCUUAACCUCAAACACUGCAACAAAGAAGAUGGGAAGCCUGCAGAGCCCCGAGAACCUGGAGACAGCAAACCCUGCUCAUUCCCUGGGCUGGGAGCUCUGCACUGUGCUGGGCUGAGCCAUGCGUGUGCAGAGCAAAGGGCCCUGAGGCCGUCCUGCCCCUCCACUGUGCUUCUCCCUCUUGAAGCCAUGAGGAAUUUCGCAGAGAUUUCCAAAGCCUUUGGGGAGAUGCUAUGGAAAUGUGCAGCUGGGGGGGACUGGAGCGCCCAGGGGCCCUUAAGUAACAUUUGUGCACACGGACAAAGAAAUCCUAACUAAUAAUGAGCCCCGUUCCAAGGUUAUGAUUGAGUUUUUCCCCUGUUCUGCUUGAUAUUUCUGCCAAAGAAAGAAAAAUCCUCGCUGAAGUCUAGCAGGAAAUCCAAUAAAAUUUCUUCAAAAGAUGGGUCUGACAUUGAAAAAUAGCAAAAUUAUAAAAGUAGGCCUCAGAAAAGAAAAGGGGAGAGUUAUUAUAUCUGGCACCUAGCGAGGGCCCAGAGCUCCCUCUCCAAAUGAGCCAUCACAGAUUGAAAGUGUUUAGCUUCCCGUUGAUUAAAUACGGUGAAGGACCCGAGGCGUGCCAAGCCUUGGGGAUCGAAAGUUUGUUUUCAGUCAGAAUGUGUUUUCAGUCAAUGGAAAAAAUGGUCAGCCUGCGCCGGGGUAUGUAACUGAGAAGCCUCAGGUUUGGAGUGAGUAAUGGCUGUGAUGCAGAAAUGCAGGAGGGUUGUUAAUCAUCCGACCCCAGCCCCCGUAACUCAACUCAGCAACUCCUAUGACUUUGGAAGUCGCUUUUUUUUUUCCUUUUGCUCUUUUUCAAUCUGUAUUUAUACGUGUGUGUGUGUGUAUGUAUGUAUUUUUAUGUAUAUAAAGGUCAUUUUCCUACA